CUGACACGUGACUGGGGCCACGUGACUGACCGCGCCAGUCCCAGAAUCCGACAUGCGCUUCCAGCCGUGGGUCCCUGUGGGUCGUGGGGUCUUCUCCUGGGCCCUGGCCCUCCUGCUGGUCCUAGGGCUGCCCAGCCUCCAGUCCAGGGCCUACAGAUUAUUAGACCCUGACUUUCGGGAGAGUUAUUUUGAACAAUUUCUGGACCAUUUCAAUUUUGAGAGUUUCGGUAACAAAACCUUCAGCCAACGGUUCCUAGUGUCCGACAAGUUCUGGAAAAAGAGCGAGGGACCCAUCUUCUUCUAUACGGGAAAUGAGGGGGACGUGUGGGCCUUUGCCAACAACUCUGGCUUCUUGGUGGAGCUGGCCGCCGAGGAAGAGGCCCUGCUGGUCUUUGCAGAGCACCGAUACUACGGAAAGUCGCUUCCAUUCGGAGCACAGUCCACGCAGCGUGGGUACACACAGCUGCUGACCGUGGAGCAGGCGUUGGCCGACUUCGCUGUGCUGCUGCAGGCCUUGAGGCAGGAGUUUGGGGCCCAGGAUACCCCCGCCAUCGCCUUUGGAGGGAGUUACGGGGGAAUGCUCAGCGCCUACAUGAGGAUGAAGUACCCCCACCUAGUGGCUGGGGCCCUGGCGGCCAGCGCACCUGUCCUAGCUGUUGCAGGCCUUGGCAACUCCUCCCAGUUCUUCCGGGAUGUCACAGCGGAUUUCAAUGACCAGAGUCCUAAGUGUGCCCAGGGUGUGCGGGAUGCCUUCCAACAGAUUAAGGACCUGUUCCUGUGGGGAGCCUAUGACAUCAUCAGUCAGGACUUUGGCACAUGCCAACCACUCUCCAGCCCGCAGGACCUGACCCAGUUGUUUGUGUUCUCCCGGAAUGCAUUCACUGUGCUUGCCAUGAUGGACUACCCAUAUGCUACAGACUUCAUAGGACAUCUACCGGGCAACCCUGUCAAGGUUGGCUGUGACCUGCUGCUGAGUGAGUCACAGAGGAUCACUGGGCUGCGAGCACUAGUAGGGCUGGUCUACAACUCCUCUGGAACGGAGCUCUGUUACGACAUCUAUCACCAGUACCAAAGCUGUGCUGACCCCACUGGCUGCGGCACUGGCUCUGAUGCCAAGGCCUGGGACUACCAGGCCUGCACAGAGAUCAACCUGACAUUUGACAGCAACAACGUGACUGAUAUGUUCCCUAACAUCCCAUUCACCGAUGCGCUCCGCCAGCAGUACUGCCUGGACACAUGGGGCGUGUGGCCCCGGUCAGACUGGCUGCAGACCACCUUCUGGGGUGGCGACCUUAAAGCUGCCAGCAACAUCAUCUUCUCCAACGGUGACCUGGACCCUUGGGCAGGGGGCGGGAUCCGGAGAAACCUGAGCACAUCACUCGUUGCUGUCACCAUACGUGAUGGAGCACAUCACCUAGACCUCAGGGCAUCUCACCCAAAGGACCCUCCAUCUGUUAUAGAGGCACGCAAACUGGAAGCUACCCUCAUCCAUCAGUGGGUGAAGGCAGCCAGACAAGUGUACACUGAAGGGCAGCCUUCUUCCAGCUAAGACCCCAUAGUACUUGGACACCCCUUUUAUGGGAAGCUGGAGCUGGGCUCCCUGCCCUACAUUUGAUGGACCAUCCAGAAUCUUAGUGGCCUGCCCAGUGGGUGGCCUCAAGUAAGGGGCUGGCAGUGGAUAGAGGAGCUGAAUAAUAAACAUCUGGUGGUUAAA